UGUGAAAGCCUCAAAGGAAGCACGUCAAGUCUAUGGAAAGCAGUACGACAAAGGAAAGAAGGUGGAAUUCCAGCCGACUGAAGGUGCAUUGGUGUGGUACUUUGAGCACAGGCACAAGAUGGGCGGUCUACCUCCUCUCACUAGGAAAUGGAGAGGUCCUGCCAGGAUUACGAGACGACUAGGUCCAGUUGCUUUUGAGAUUGAAGACCUUGAAACAGAAGUCCAGUUAAAAGCCCACCUGAAUCACCCGAAGGCUUAUCAUCCACCGGCAGAACUGUCAUAUGGCACGAGUGACAGUGAUGGAGAAGAGGAUGAUGAUAGAGAUGAUCCGAACCCGCCAAACCCAGACGACCCUUGGGUUGCUGUGCUGACCUCUCUGGUGAUGGAGCCAGGGUUUGAUGCCGAUAGGCGUGACUGCCGAGACACGCGACCCUCAGGAAACCCGUACCCAGAUGAGCAGAUGAUGCAGCACUAACUCCUUUUUGUAUUGUUUGUAUUGUCUGUUUAUGAUUUAAUGUGCAAGACACGUUCAGCUGUCUGCACUAUGUUAGU